AUGACAAGCGACCUGAUUGUGGUUCCAGGGAUGUAUUUUAUAAUUUCCCAGGAUGUUUUAAUUCAUGUCGGCACGGCUGUCCCGAGCGCCACGUGGGGUUCCUCCAGUGUCGCCGCCAUGAAGAAGGUGGUUCAUCAGCUCCUGCUGGUGGCCAGGCUCAACCACGUGAAGGUUUCCCAGGCAGCUGCAGACUUGAAACAGUUCUGUCUGCAGAAUGCCCAACAUGACCCUUUGCUGACCGGAGUGUCUUCAAGUACAAAUCCGUACAGACCCCAGAAAGACUGCUCCUUUUUGUAUUCAAGUAUCUAAAGUUUUCUCAAACCACUUUUCAUGAACCCGUGACUAUUCAAGGGAACGAAACCUGAAGUCUGUACAAAAGCUCUGUAACACGUGCCUUAAUACACAAUCUUCUACUUGUCAGUUCUUAACAUCUGCCUCUCUGAAUUUCCAUGGAUUUCUGUUUCACAAGGUUGACUAUUUUAUACACACUGGCUGUAGAAUACAAUAAAACAGCAU